AUGCACCAUCUGGCCAGCGCGAUUUGCGAGGGAUUUCAAGGCCGCCGGUCGAUCUAUAGUCUUACCAACGAGCGGAAUGCAGCAAUUCGCCGUCUGGACAUUGCUGCAAUUUGCAGCACUAUAGUCCCAUGCUCGAUGGACCUGUUGGCAAAACAGUGGGAUAUCCCUGCGGAGUGGAGCUUGAAGGCCCAACUGGUCUUUGGAAAGCCUACUGGUCCUCCCCGAGAGAAGACUUUUGAGCCGAUUGUCGAUCUCGUGGGGAAGUUUCCUGCGAUUCGGACUCCCGCCGUGCUGGGACCUCGGGCGAAUACUUUUAAAAGCUCAGUGGCCCCCUCGAUGGUGCUGGUUUCGCGACUUUGA